CCGGCUCACAGGGCGACUGCGGCGCGGGCUCCUGACUCUCUCGGCGGGUGAGGGGCGCGCGGAUCCGGAGAGGGGGCUCCGCGAGCGGCGGGACCACGCAGCCACCUGUGAGCCUUCCGUAGCUGCGGGCGGCGGCGGCGUGCCCGGCCCGAGACGGGAGGAGACGCUCGGCGGCCCCCGCCCGCCGGCCCGCCGGGCGCACACUCGGGCGCACACACUCGCACCCGCGCACGCACCGCCAGCAGGCAGCGGCCACCGCCGCGAUGCUCGCCCGCGGGUUGGGGAAGUUUCCCGCCGGCCUCGGCCGCGGGCGCCCGUGCUCCCAGGUGUAGCGCCCCCGCGCGGCGCGGGCGGCCGGCGCCUCCAGCAUGACCGGCCAGAGCCUGUGGGACGUGUCGGAGGCCAACGUCGAGGACGGGGAGAUCCGCAUCAACGUGGGCGGCUUCAAGAGGAGGCUGCGCUCGCACACGCUGCUGCGCUUCCCCGAGACGCGCCUGGGCCGCUUGCUGCUCUGCCACUCGCGCGAGGCCAUUCUGGAGCUCUGCGAUGACUACGACGACGUCCAGCGGGAGUUCUACUUCGACCGCAACCCUGAGCUCUUCCCCUACGUGCUGCAUUUCUAUCACACCGGCAAGCUUCACGUCAUGGCCGAGCUGUGUGUCUUCUCCUUCAGCCAGGAGAUCGAGUACUGGGGCAUCAACGAGUUCUUCAUUGACUCCUGCUGCAGCUACAGCUACCAUGGCCGCAAAGUAGAGCCCGAGCAGGAGAAGUGGGACGAGCAGAGUGACCAGGAGAGCACCACGUCUUCCUUCGAUGAGAUCCUUGCCUUCUACAACGACGCCUCCAAGUUCGAUGGGCAGCCCCUCGGCAACUUCCGCAGGCAGCUGUGGCUGGCGCUGGACAACCCCGGCUACUCAGUGCUGAGCAGGGUCUUCAGCAUCCUGUCCAUCCUGGUGGUGAUGGGGUCAAUCAUCACCAUGUGCCUCAAUAGCCUGCCCGACUUCCAAAUCCCUGACAGCCAGGGCAACGCCGGCGAGGACCCUAGGUUCGAAAUCGUGGAGCACUUUGGCAUCGCCUGGUUCACAUUUGAGCUGGUGGCCAGGUUUGCUGUGGCCCCUGACUUCCUCAAGUUCUUCAAGAAUGCCCUAAACCUUAUUGACCUCAUGUCCAUCGUCCCCUUUUACAUCACUCUGGUGGUGAAUCUGGUGGUGGAGAGCACACCUACUUUAGCCAACUUGGGCAGGGUGGCCCAGGUCCUGAGGCUGAUGCGGAUCUUCCGCAUCUUAAAGCUGGCCAGGCACUCCACUGGCCUCCGCUCCCUGGGGGCCACUUUGAAAUACAGCUACAAAGAAGUAGGGCUGCUCUUGCUCUACCUCUCCGUGGGGAUUUCCAUCUUCUCCGUGGUGGCCUACACCAUUGAAAAGGAGGAGAACGAGGGCCUGGCCACCAUCCCUGCCUGCUGGUGGUGGGCUACUGUCAGUAUGACCACAGUGGGGUACGGGGAUGUGGUCCCAGGGACCACGGCAGGGAAGCUGACUGCCUCUGCCUGCAUCUUGGCAGGCAUCCUCGUGGUGGUCCUGCCCAUCACCUUGAUCUUCAAUAAGUUCUCCCACUUUUACCGGCGCCAAAAGCAACUUGAGAGUGCCAUGCGCAGCUGUGACUUUGGAGAUGGAAUGAAGGAGGUCCCUUCAGUCAAUUUAAGGGACUAUUAUGCCCAUAAAGUUAAAUCCCUCAUGGCAAGCCUGACGAACAUGAGCAGGAGCUCACCAAGUGAACUCAGUUUAAAUGAUUCCCUACAUUAGCCGGGAGGACUUGUCACCCUCCACCCCACAUUGCUGAGCUGCCUCUUCUGGCACAGCCCAGGCACCUUAUGGUUAUGGUGUAAGGAGUACGCCCAGCCCCUGAGGGGAAAGAUGCAUGGGAUAUGCACCCAGGUUUCUUUUACAGUAUUUAGAAUCGUUUUUAGAGGGUGGUGUGUCUGACACCAUGCCUUUGCACCUUUCCAUGAAAUGACACUCACUGGUCUUUGCAUCAUGGGCAUAAAAUGUUCACCUUUUUGCCAGAUGAGUACACCCAGAAUGCUAAUUUUUCUGUCCAUCGUGUACGCUAUUCUAGUGCUUGUGGCCCAGUACUGUCUAUGAGUUGUUGUGCUCCUGUUUCUGAGGUUGUCGUGUGAGUUCUGUACAAAAAGCCCCCACAAGUCUGUCCAGUGGAAAUGCAUCUAUGAGGUCAGCAAGGAUAUCAUGAAAUUUUGCUCACAGUCAUGUGAAAACAAAAUCUCAGCUCUUUAUCCAUUGCUUUCACUUAGUUUUAAUACCAAAACAAAGAGAAUGCAAAGUUAAGCAGACUUGACCAAUGCAAGUCUGUAAGUUGUUUUUAUAAAUGAUCUGUAGUUCCGUGGCUUGCAUGGGUGCACCAAUCAUCUUUAGAACGAUGUACACUGAUGUUCAUCUCAUAAAUGUCACUCUUUAGAGAAUGUUACUUAGUUAAACAUGCAGUGAAGAUAGAUUUUUUUUCCCCAAGAACAGAUGCAUUAGGGAGAGGGGCUUCAGCUAAAUAGUCCAAACCCUAGGGUGCUUAAAGCCAAGUUAGUGCAGGCUGAGCCCCUUGGUUCAUGGUCAAGCCUCCUUGUUUCCUAGGGUGACUGUAGAGAAAUGUAUUUCUGGAUGAGGUUUCUGAUCUAGGAAAUUUGACCAAACUUUGCUGUGUCUAAGAUAUUAGCAUGUUUUUGAAAUAUUUAUUUUUUAAGAUGUUUAGGAGUAAGGUCGUGUUGUCUUCCUCAACUAAAAAGUUUACUGUUGUAUCGUCUCCCUGAGGUGAACGUUGUUGGGUUGCUAGCAAGGGCAGUAGCUUAAAUACUUUUGUUGCCUGCUCUGAAAGCUCAUCAAAUGAGAGCCCUUUUAUUUCCAAGCAGAAUUUACUCAGAUAAUUUUGCUUCUAGGAUAUAGUAUGUUGUAUAUGAUGCUAUGAUUGCCCUGGAGUUCCUGCCAUGACAUGGAAACCUGGUGGUAUGGAAUCAUGUACUCAAAAUAUAGACGUGCAUGAAGGUGGUGUGGCUGACCCAGGAUGGAAACGCUGCAGUUCUUACUUGCAUUCCAACUGCCUUUCAUUGGGGGCGAGUGGGUAGAGGCCAGGAGAAAGGAAAGAGUUGUAAAAUAAAAAACUGCUAGUUCAUAAAAUGUCAUAAAAAAUUGUAAACUUGAAAAGUUUACUGCUAUUCAAAAGACCUUCGAGCUUCCAAACUUGUAUCGAAGGGAGACGACUGUUUCCUCCUCCAAAAUGCUCCUGCUCCUCUUGUUCGGUUAACCAGCACAUAACAUUGUGUUGGGGAACCUGGGUUCCUCUAUAAGAUAAUUCUUCUCCAUCAUCUUUAAGGUAAUCUGAUGGUUUUCCAGGUGGCUUUCAUUAUUGUUCCAUCUUUGAAAAGGCAAUAGAACCCAGGGGUCUGAGCAUGGAGCUAUCCAGGCUUUUCAUCCAAAGGUUGGGCCUCUUCUUAAGAGGUCCUUUUGUGUUUCAGUUGAUUGAAGAUGAUACUUACCUCAUGGAGGUGUGGCAAGGAUCUUAUCAGAAGGCUUUGUGUUCUUGUAAAUGUCAUGGCUACUACAAUGUGGGUGAUUUAUUGAAUGAAUUCACUAGCCACUUGUGUCUUGGAGCCCCCAGUUCAAAUCUUUCUAUUGGACUGGAGGCUCGUGGGAGGCUGGGAGGUGGCUGCCUCCUAGUGUCUACAUCCAUGUCUCUGAAGCAUCAGGAAAAGUGAGAUGACUUAGAGACAACCAGGCACUGAAUCAGAGGAGCAGGAUUAUUUUUCAGAAUUUGCACAUGGAACACUUAGAUUUGGCUGGUGCUUCCAGCCCUGGAAGGCAUAACGUUUACAGAAUCAUCCCCAGCUGCACUGAAGGCAGGUAGUGGUACAGACUUAUGAGGACCGAUCAGUUUGCCAAGGCUGAUGGUAUUGGGUCACUGAGCCUGGUAUCCAUGGCCGCUGACCAGGAAGCUUAUGCAAAGUGGAAGCAAGGAAGGAGGCAGAAUAACAGUCACUCUCAUGAAGAUUUUUCUAAACAAGAAGGCUUACCACCAAAAAAAGAGGUACCCUUGUGGUUACCCUUUGCAGAUGUGAAAGCUGGAAAACUUGACUUUUCUUUUUGAUAAUGACUUGCAUUUAUCUGGUGCCUUUCAUUGGAGGAAUCCCAACGUGCUUUAGAGACUAUCUUUUUAACAUCUCUUGUACAUACAUAUAUACUUAUAUAAAAUAUUAUCUUGCCCAACUGGACCUUUGGUCACUUCUGAGCAUGAGAAUAUCCCAAUAACAUUGAGUUUUUCAAGUGGUGGUUUCAGAUAAGUGGGAGAGAGAACAACCCGGCUGGCUUGAACCCUGGAGCUAAUUCCCACAAGGGAUAUAGACUGAAUGGUGACCCAGGGAGAAAUAAUCUUCCUCUCCCCUAAAGUCUCACUAAGGUGUGAAGUUUACAGGUGCUCUCCAUUGGGUCUUUGAUUGACCUUGCUAGAUAACAUCUAAGCAGCAGUUUCUUUUAGUCCCUGAAGCUAACCAGGGAGGGUCAGGUUAAUUUUCUGUAAAAAUAUGAGGUGACAUCUUUGGCAACCAGGCUGUCAGACUGACCUGUAAACCUCCUUUAGGGGGACAGAGUAGAAACUGGAGAUGACUUGUUUCCAGCUGUGAGCUUGAGAGAAGUAUCACUCCCAGCAUUUGAAGGUUAUUGCUUUCUAUGCCAUUGGGACAAAUAUAUGGGCCAGGCUUUGAUAUCUGUGAUGCGCAUUUUGGAAGCGCUGGGUUGGGAAGUGACACGUCUGUUGCACAAAUGCAUAUUGGUUAUAGGUUUGUGUUUUCUGCCAAACCCCCAUAUUUCUUGGGUUUGUGAGGAAGGGCAUGUUGUAAUGCCGAGCUGAUUUGUAGCUUGUAAGGUAGUAAUUGGUAUUUAACAUUUGGAUUUGUUAUUUCUACUUAUCUUAGCACUCAAAUAAUUGAACUACCUGCUAAUUCUUGCCUCAUUUCAAAGAAAAUAAGUUGUUAUGCACUUUGGGAUAGGGGUGAUCUGUACAGGCUGUGUGUUAGCUACUUGAAGGCUUAACUGGUAUUUCUUGUGUGUAAGCAUGACUUCUUACAGAGUUGUAAUUUUUAAAAUUGAGGAUGCCGUAUUUGAGAUGUCGGUUUUAACACUCAUUAACACACUAUUGUGCAAGCAUUGACGCAGGCUGCACUGAACCA